UAUUUUGCAAUCUGUCAAAUGUCAUUAGCCUUUACGUAAUUCAUUAUUCAACAUUGCAAUUUGCAAUAGAUAGAGCAUUUCGUGGAAAGUUUAGCACUAGAGGGGCCCGCACUAUAAAGCAAAAUGUUCCCCCUAGGCAGAAAACAGGCCCAAGUGUUGGCCAGCUUUGUUCCUUCGUUGGUGGCUUUUGGGGGUGCCGCAUUCACGGGACUACUAUAUGCGACAGACUGGAAGGUAAUCACUGCCUACAUCCCCUUCUACAACGGCAAGUACGAGGGACAGAAGACGGAAGAAUAAAGUGUUUGUGUUAUAGUCCUAUUUAAAUGUCUUAGUCAACAUGUAAUUAUUAUAAGUUCAAAGUAA